AUGGGUGAUUUGGAUGAAGCUGAGGUUCUGCUUGAUCCGCGGAUAUGGAUCGAAUGUGCGGGGGUUAUGGCACGAGUGCCAGCAGUCGGAUCGCAUGUUUGUUACUUUGUGGAAGGGCAUGCUGAAAAUGUGGGUUUUCAGACUCGUGGUCUACCUCACUCCAUGGUCCGUUGCAGAGUUAUUGAUGUGAGACUUCUGUCAAAUUCAGAAGAGGUACUUGCUAAAAUUCAUCUGUUUCCUGUUAAUGACGAAGUUGUCAAUGAUGAGGGCGGAAACAUGAUCUUUGAUGCUGAAGAUAGACUUUUGUCAGCAGCAAAAGUUUUAAGCAAUAGUGAUGUAACAUCUAAGUUUACAGUGACACAACACUGUAUUAAUCACAUAUUUCCGAAAUUAGUCCCCCCAGAGACUUCUCAGAUGAUACCUACACACGAUGUCCAUGGUAGAAGCUGGGUAUGGAGGCAUACAUGUAAGUCAAAAGGAAAUAAAGGAGGUUUUAACUAG